CGUUUCGAUGAAGGAAGACACUUGCGUCCAGUCUCUCAGAGAAAUUCACAACCGAGAUGAAUAAGAUCAUCCUUCUAGCCGCUCUCUUCGCCUGCGCUUAUGCCGCUCCCCAGCGCAUGGUGCUUCCCCGUCUGCCCGCUAAGGUCAUCUUGAACGGCAAAUACCAGCUCAUCCCCGAGGAUAAAAUCGUCGGAGGUAGCGAAGUCGUUCCCAACUCUUUGCCUUUCCAGAUUUCGUUGCAACGUCGCAGCUUCGGUGGCUUCUCGCAAUCAUGCGGUGGCUCCAUUCUCAACGAAAACACCAUCCUCGAUGCUGCCCAUUGCGUCGACGGAAUCACUGAUCUGACCGUUUUCCGGGUAGUUGCCGGCGAACACAGCUUGUCCGUCGUCAGUGGUUUGGAACAGAAUCGUGACGUUAGUGGAUACUUGAUGCACCCCGACUACGAUACAAGCACCUCGUCCAACGACAUCGCCCUUAUCUACUUGGCUUCACCUUUGGACUUGAGCGUUCCAUCGGCAAAGGCAGUCAACAUGCCACCACCCACCUCGGAAUUCGACCCACCCGCUGGCACCAUUACCACUGUUUCCGGAUGGGGAACUACUUCCUCUGGAGGCAGCAUUUCCAACGUGCUCUUGAGCGUUGAUGUCCCCAUCGUUUCCGAUUCCGACUGCAAUGCUGCCUAUGCCGGAGCUUUCGACCCUAACCCAAUCUUCCCUUCCAUGAUGUGCGCUGGCGGUCCUCCAGGUGGUGUCGAUUCUUGCCAAGGAGACUCUGGUGGCCCACUUUUCACUGGUACUGGAGCUGAUGCUGUCCAACACGGAGUUGUUUCAUGGGGACGCGGCUGCGCUUUGGCUGAUUACCCCGGUGUCUACACCCAGGUGUCAUACUUCCUUGACUGGAUCGCUGCCAACAAGCAGUAAAAAGACUAUUGAUUUUAGGCCAAUAUUAUAAUCCCGCAUAAUUAUUGGUGAUAUUUUCUUAUCUCCCAUUAUAUUGCGUGACGGUUAUACUCAAAUAAAUUUGUUUCAAGAAUA